AUGAAACGCAUUGGUUGUUUACUUUAUCGGCACCAAGCACAUCGUUGGAUCAAACGGAAUGACGAAAGAAUGUUAAGAACAAUUAUCGUAUCAUCACCUAGUGCAGUGGAAGUUGUGAAAUUGCGUUCAAAUCGCUGUAACAAUCUGGUUCCAUCAUGUGUUUUUGUCAAAGAUAAAAGUUGGAAGGAGAAAUUGGAAUACGCUGCUGCUUGCUAUCAAGUUAAUACUGAAGAUGCAUUAAACGUCGUUGUUUUGCUUGCUAAAGAAGAUUGCGAAAAAGGGACGAGUACUGCCAAUCGUUUACUUUAUUUAGCAAUGGAUAUGGCUUUGAAUCAGGGUCGUAUUGAUAUAGCGGAAGAAAUGUUCAAGUUAUUGCCUCGACGUAUUCAUGUAUUAGCUACCAGUUUGAAAAUUCGUCUUUUCGUUCUUCAAAAACGGUUUUGGGAUGCAUUGCAAGAGGUGGAAAAAGUUUUAAAUGAAGAUACUGCAAGUUUGGAUGUAUCCAUGAAGAUUUCGAAGUCUGUAAUGGAUGAAUUUUACAAAACGCUUUCAACUUGUGACGAUGCAGUCGAUGAGGUGAAAAGAUUAUUUACGCUACAGAGGCUUCUGAGCAAGUAUAAUAGGCGUACAACGAAAACACUGCGUGAAUUGCUUCUGUCUGACAUGUAUAUUCCGUCCAAAAAAAGAUCUAUGGAAAUCAACUUUAAAAUUGAUGAUGAUAUAUUGGACAAAAUUGUUGAACAAGUUCCGGAGGUGCUUACCAAUAAUAAAGCAGUUUUAAAUUAG